AUGCAUAUAACAGUUAGCGAUAGAACUAGAUCUGAGUAUGGAUCUAUUCUUAAGUCGAAUUCGAAUGGAACUGAUUAUGUUUUGUCACUUGAAGGUGUAAAUAGAAACGAUAUUGGAUAUGUUGACUUUGAAAAAAUGCAUGGCUUGGAAGGCGUUGCGUUGGCAAAUGUUGUCAGCAAUCUUAAUGAAGCUAAGAAUGGUGCUAGAAAGAAGCUCAAAACAAAGAUCACCCACAACGAUGGUGCUACCUGGUCUUUCAUUAAGCCACCUCAACGUGAUUCAAAUGGUGACUCGUAUGACUGUUCCGGCAGCUUGGAUGAAUGCUCAUUGAACUUACAUGGCUACACUGAACGAGAAGACUAUAGGGACAGCUAUUCUUCCGACUCUGCCGUAGGUUUGAUGAUUGCUGUUGGAAAUGUGGGAAAAUCGUUGACGGACAAAAAGGAUGGAAAUACUUUCUUGACCAGGGAUGGCGGCAUAACAUGGAAGGAAAUUAGAAAGGGAGCAUUUAUGUGGGAGUUUGGUGAUUCUGGUUCAAUCAUUACUAUUGUCAAUGGUCAUGAUUCCACAAACGUCCUUUACUAUUCGCUCAACGAGGGCGCUUCAUGGAACGAAUACAAGUUUAGUGAUGAUCUAGUCAAAGUUGAUGAUAUUGCCACAGUUCCCUCAGACACUAGUCGUAAAUUUGUUCUUUUUGGCAGACCACCGGCCAAGGAAGGCGCCAAGUCCUUUGCUAUUCAGGUAGACUUCACUGGACUGACUGAUCGAAAAUGUGUUCUGGACAGUGGUGAUGCUAAUAAAGAUGACUUUGAACUUUGGGCACCAUCCCAUCCAGAUUUGAAGGAGAGCUGCUUAUUUGGCCAUGAAGCACUUUAUCAUAGAAAGAUCCCUGAUCGUGAUUGUUAUAUCGGUUGGGCUCCAGACAGAGAUAUCAUGAAACCACAUCAAGUCAUUCGAAACUGUACAUGUUCAAGACAAGAUUUCGAGUGUGAUUUCAAUUACUAUGCUGCUAAUGAUGGAACGUGUCAACUGGUUCCUGGAUUCUCACCUCCUGAUCAUAAGGCCGUUUGUACGGAAAUGCCAGGGACCAUUGAGUAUUGGGAACCUACGGGAUACAGACGAGUUCCUCUGAGUACCUGUGACGGUGGCUCAGAAUUCGAUAGGGUGGUUUCUCAUCCAUGUCCGGGUGAAGAAGACAGAUACGAUCGAAAGCAUGGAGGGUUGGGAGGCUUUGCUCUUUUUGUAGUGGUAAUGCUCCCUAUAGGCAUGGCCUUAGUCAUUGGUUAUAUUGUGUGGGACCACUUCCAAAAGAGAUACGGUCAAAUCAGACUUGGAGCUGAGGAUGAUGACCAACCAGCAGUUCUUCGCUAUGCUGUUAUCUCAGUAGCUGCUGUGAUUGCAUUUGUAUCUGUUAUUCCCACCUUUGCGAAGGCUGCAUUUGAAAACAUCACUUCUCGACUUUCUGGUUCGCGCCAAGGCAUCCGCUUUACUACUCGAAGCUCACUUUCACGCAAUAACCAACGCUACUCACCUGUAGACAUCGAAGAAAGCGGUGAGCUCCUCGGUGAGGACGAUGAUGAUAUCUUGGACGAUGAAGAGUUAGACCAAGAGCUGUAA